AUGGAGGCCGAGUCGGUGGGAUCCACUCCUGGCCAACAUGUAAAGCAGCCCGCAUGCUUGAACUGCCGUCGCAGUAAGAUCCGCUGUAACCGACCCGAGGGCCAGGAUCGCUGCGAGAAAUGCAGACAAACCGAUCUCGACUGCAUCGUGCCAAGUCAUCAUCUCGGUCGUCAAAAGGGCGUAAAGAAUAAGCGCAAGGGGUUGGAGAAAGCUAUCCACCAGAUUGAACAGGCCAUAAAGAGGCCCAAGCUUGAUGCGCCUGGCCCCGAUGACGCGCACAAAGCUAUAUCGGACCUACAGGAUCUUCUGAGUCGGGUCCAGCGCCAACUGACGAGCGAGUCAGAUAGUUUCGCAGAAACACCGGAGCGCUCGCAGAACCUGCGGUCUCCGCACCGCACUGAUGUAGAUGAGAGCUUGGCUCUUGACGAUGCAGAAAAUCCACUGCAGCUGCUUGCGAGGGCGUCAGAUCUACAGCUCUCGCCUACAGUGCUACGCCAGGAACUGAAGUCAUUGCAACCGCCGCUAAUAGCACAGUCGGCUUCAUUACAACAUGCUAGCUCGGCAAACUUCGGAGCGAAAUCGUUCUUCGUCCCUGCGCGGGCGAACCUGGACAUUGGACCUGAGCUAGAUCCCGUUGAUUUGGGGCUAGUCACAUUUGACGAGUCGGAGUCUUUAUUCUCUUUCUUUUACCAACAUCUUGCCCAUACCCGAUGGGGACUGGAUCCCCAGGUACAUACUGCAGUAUUUGUGCGGUCUCAAUCAGCCUUUUUGUUCACUUCCAUAUUGGCAGCCGCCGCGCUGUUUCUACCAUCUGCCACAGCUUUAUCAAAGCGGCUAGGGAGACACUGCAAAUGGCUCGCCAAGCACGUCAUGGCCGAGCGGCAUAGAUCGGUAGAGAUCGUUCUAGCGUUCAUGGUAAAUGUGCCUUGGAUGGCACCUGGGGAACGACUGGGUGAUGAUGAUACGUGCUCAUAUAUUGCGAUGGCGCUUACCGUAGCGCUGGACCUAUCACUGAACAAGAUCGUCACCCCGUCCUCUAGCUUUGAUCGAGACCUCUUGAGUCGACUCGCGAGAGCUGACUGCAUUGAUGCGAAGAGAGCGUUGCAUAUGGAUGGAUUUGAUGACGUUGAUCCUGACUCUGAAUGGGGACUUCGACUACUUCGAAGGCGGGAGAGAACAUGGAUAGCAUUGUUUGUCGUUGAACGAGGUGUUUGUCUUGCCCGUGGUCGAAGCUACACAGUGCCUCCGACAGCACUCCUUGAAAAUUGCGAUACAUGGCAUCGUUCAGCUAUUGCAGACCGACGAGAUGGGCCCAUGAACUCCAUGGCAGUCUUGCGCAGAGAUCUUGAUGACUUAUUUAGAAAAGUCAAGUCGAGCUGUGAUGUAUAUCGAAUGGUCGAUACCGGAUCUGAGGCUGCCCAAUCAAUUAAAAUUACCAUAGAGAAUUUUUACGACAAGUGGUAUAAGACCUGGGCAGUGGCGAUUAGCGAAGGCGGAACACGCUCCCUCCCACCAUAUGUUGAGAUUCUAGUUACCCACACUCAGCUUUCCACAUACGGAGGCGUCAUCAAUCAUCCGACCGCGCCCCUCGAAGUCAAGCGGUUCUUCCGUGCAGCCGGUCUCUCAGCUGCCCUGAACGUUCUCCGAGCCGCCAUUCAAGGCGAAUCUCGACUCAAAUCCAUGCCCAACAACACCGUCAUCAUGAUCUCCUUUGCCGCAUGCUCUGCUCUAAGUCUCAGCGUUACGCCUGGCGACAGCCAAUCCAGCCUAGCGCCUAGCGUGCGGACUCUCAUUGAAGAAACGGCCGGUGUUCUGGAGCGAAUCGGAGCCACGCCCAGCCAUCGAAACGGCGCUUCUGUGUUGUACGGGCGCUUCUUGCGCGAGCUCAUCCGACGCGGACCCAACAUUUCUCAGGUACCAUCGAGGCACGCAGAUCAUCAAGAUCCUAUGCUUCCGCCUCCGCUAGAUCAAGGUCCUGCUCCUUUGCAUAUCCCCCAGCCUGCGCUACCAGGGGAUCUGUGGAGUGAGCCGAUGCAAUUUUCAGCCAUGUCAGACGAUCAGAUCAUCGACGCGGUCAAUCGGGCGGGCAGUGCUUUUGGGGCAUCGAUCCCUGACGUGCCUGUGGAUGAUAUGUUGUGCUGGGAUUGGCUUGAUUUCGCGAAUACCGAUUUUGGAUUAUAG